AUGGCAGGCGGUCACAUGAAAUAUCGCCACCUCAGUCGGUCGUCGUCGCAUCGCCAGGCGCUCCUGCGAAACCUCGUCACAUCGCUCUUCAAGCACGAAACGAUUGCGACAACAUGGCACAAGGCGAAGGAAGCCCAGCGGUUAGCCGAGAAGCUGAUUACCCUGGGAAAGAAGAACACAGAGGCGACACGGCGGAGAGCGACGCAGAUAUUCUACGAACCAAAUGAAAUGGUACCCAAGCUAUUCGGACCCAUAAGGAAGCGCUACGAAGCCAGACCCGGCGGCUACACUCGAGUCCUCCGCAUUGAGCCCAUGAAAGAAGACCAGGCCGAAUCCGCCAUCCUCGAACUCGUAGACGGACCAAAAGACAUGCGCUUCGCCAUGACCGCAAAAACACUAGCGAGGAGACCAACAAAAUUAGGGUUGAGCCCGGGCAUCACAAUGCACGUCAAGAAGGUCACACAGUUUCGCAAGGAUGGUGUGGAGGGCCUGCGGAAAAUGGUUCAGUCACUGCGGAAACUACAUGCCAAGGGUGUGGAUGAGAGGAUAUUACCUGCGCCUAAGAAGGUAUACCCGGAGACUCAGAUGAAGAGGGAGAUGCACUAUCCCGAGGAGGUUGACAGUGGCAAGUACCCGAACAAGAUUAUGCGAGUCGGAAAGUCAAUGAAAGUGACGUCGAGAGCGAAGCCAAGAGUGAAGCCGAGGGCAAAGGUAGCAGAGGAGAGCAAGAAGGAAGAACACCUGAUCAAAGAGUAG